UUCCUCGCCUCUCUUUUUUUCUCAAUCUUUCACUGCCCAAUUUCCAAGGAAACUCUGUUCAACAUUAACAAAAUCAAAUAUCUGAUCCAUUUUUUUUUUGCUUUUCUGGGAACAUUUUGCGAAUCAAAAUCUCAUCUUUCAAUGGUUCUUGGUUGCAUGUGUAUUGAAAUCUGCAGCUGGCACUAUAGUGGCUAUGCUAAUUAGUCUUGUUGGAUGCGCAGGCGACCACAAUGCGGUUGUAUUUGACUUGCAUAAGGAAUACUUUGGAGGCUGCUAUGUGUCUGCAGAAUUUUCCAUGUCAAGAAGUGGAAAGACAUAAUAAACCAGAAGUUGAAAUGAAGACGAGCCCUGAGCUUCUGCUAAAUCCUGUUAUGAUUUGCAGAAAUGAGGCUGAAAAGUGUUUGAUAGAAACAUCGAUAAAUUCCUUAAGAAUCAGCCUCAAGGUUAAACAGGCUGAUGAACUUGAGAAUAUACUGGCCAAGAAGUUCCUUAGAUUUUUGUCAAUGAGGGCCGAGGCAUUUCAGGUUCUGAGGAGAAAACCUGUACAGGGUUAUGACAUUAGUUUUCUUAUCUCCAACUUUCAUUGCGAGGAGAUGCAAAAACAAAGGCUUAUAGAUUUUAUUGUGCAGUUUAUGGAGGACAUUGAUAAAGAGAUCAAUGAGUUAAAAAUGUCUGUAAACACUCGGGGCAGGCUUGUGGCUACCGAAUUCCUUAAACAAUUUGUAUGACGGCUUGAAGUCAGAGUUUGACAAUCUUAAACAUGGUUUGAAUCCAAAGGUGAUACAAAUACCUCAGCUUGGAGAAGUGGAGGCGAAGCCAAUUAGUACUGUCGGACUUUCCAUUUUUCAGCAAGCAAAUGAAACUAAGCAUGGAAUUCAUAUAAAAAAGAAGGGAAUUUUCAUAACCUUCAUUAGGAGCAGGAGGGUUGUAGUUUUGGUAAUUAAUUUGUAGUAUGUGAUUGAACUAAGUCAUUGAAUGUCUGAUGUAAAUUAUGUAUGAUGCCUACUGUUUUUCGGCUGCUGUGCAAUUCCAGUAGCUGAAGUUUCUUAAAAUUCAGUGUUGGAUUUAAGUUUGCAAAGAAGUUGCCGCUGUUAUUUGAGCCGGGAGGAGGCGAAGAAGGAGAAAAUAGUAAAUUUAUAUAGAAGUCCUUGAGGACUAAUUUGAACUUGGCUUUGUAUAAAGCUAAAGUUCUUACUAGGUGUUCAGUUUGAUGAUGCUGAAAUCAUACUACAAUCAUGUAUUAUAUUAUAUUAUUAUGUGUUCUACGA